AGGCCCUGUAUGACAGAAGAAGACCUCUGAAGAAGACCGCGUGGGACAAACAUGGCGUCCUGCAGCAGGUUGCCCUUGCAUCCUUUCCUCUCCAGGGCGUCGGUACGCCUCGUCUGUAUCAGAAAUGUCCAAGUCGAAGCCCCCACAGCACGGAGUUUAUACCCGCCCGUCCUGCCCUCCCGCACCGCCAAAAGCAAGUCGGCGAAGCGGCGCGUGGUCGCGGAGUUCUUCGAGCAGCUGCGCUCGCGCACGGCGCAGGAGAAGAUCCGAGCGCUCACUCGCAUUCAGCGCAAGAAGUACGUGAUUUACCCACAAACGUCUGCUCUCAACGCGGACAAGUGGUACCAGCACUACACCAAAACGGCGUAUCUUAGCGGUCUGCCCGAGAAGCACGAGUCUGCGCCGGCGGUGGACGAGUCCGUGCUGUCCGAGGUACGAUCUGUAGUCUGCAGCUCCAUCCUGCAAGAACACUGGCACAAGAAGAAAGCGAGGACCUUCGUCCACAAAGAGCAAGAGCGGCUCGUCACUCCGUUUUUAAGGAACGCGGUGUCUGGUCUGAAACACCUUCUGGCUAAAGAAAACCCCGCGCUGAGUCUGUCAACUUUAGAUUUUGACCCUCAAGUCAGCUAUUACUGGUUACGGGGAGAAAGGACGGUUCCCGCGGGCCACAGGAGAGGACGGGUCGAGCCCAUGAGAUUCCAGAUCGACGACAAACCUCACAGUCAGAUCAGGAGCCUGCAGCAGCUUCCUGAGUUUGUUCCUCUUGAGGCAGAAAUCUCUGCUGAAGUUCCCGUUAUCACUUUGGCUCCCAACCUGCUCCCUUUGUUCAGAAGACAGUAUGACAACAACAUCUUUAUAGGUGCCAAACUGGACGAUCCCUGCUGCUAUGGUCACACACAGUUUCACAUGAUCCCUGACAAGUUCCGCAGGGACAAAAUGAGCAAGAGAGGCAACUCCGAUCAGGUGGAGGUGUCACUGAGGGCCAACGGUAUCUCCAGUCUGUUUGCAUGGACGGGGGCGCAGGCUAUGUAUCAAGGUUUUUGGAGUGAAGAGGAUGUGAGCCGGCCGUUUGUGUCUCAGGCCGUCAUCACAGACGGCCAGUUCUUCUCAUUUUUCUGCUAUCAGCUCAAUACUCUGGCUCUGAGCCCACGGGCUGACGGCAGCAAUAGCAGGAAGAACUUGUGCUGGGGAACAGAAAGCAUGCGGCUUUAUGAGAGAAUCACAGACGGAGAUGUAGUGGGCUUGAACGAUGCUGUUCUCAAACUGCUGCUGCAGUUUUUACUAAACAAACCACAGUUUUGAAAUUAUGAAAAUGAUGAUUGUUCGACGUGUCAAUAAACAUAAUAUAUGGA